CGACACUUGUGGUCACGACGCUUGUAAGUCCCCGCGAAAGCUUCAAUGCCGUCACGACGGUCCCUUGUGUUCACGACCCUUGUGAGUCCUCACGAAAUCUUAAUGCAUCACGAGGCAGAAACGUUUAAUGAUAAUAACGAUAACAUAGCCAUGGUGUGCCAUGCCUCAUCCCUCCUAGGCUGCCAUCUUCCCCACGUCGGGGUGACGCACAGACAUAUAAGGACCUCCAUGUUUUUCUCCAACUAUAUGUAUUUUCUCCUCUACAUAUCUGUUCAUCAGACCUACCAUCCUGGGCCUGUCUAACUAACCUUUUCCGAUAUGUCCGCUUCAAACCAACAGACUGGGAUCGCAUGCACACUACAAUCGUUGAAUUCGAUUGGCCAUGCGCCGCCUAUGUCCCCACAACACGUCGGGACUGCCUCGGCUAUGCCUUCUGCCGUCCCCGUCAUAUCAAGCCCCAAUGCUAUCUCAGACAAUCCAUGGAGCAGGACUCCUAUCUUGUACCAUGACUCCCCGUAUAAUCUGCCAGCCCUCGACGAUCUAGGAGACGCCAGCUUGAGAUCUGGUUCUCUGGCGACGGGAGGCAAUGAAUUCCAAAUACACAAUUUGGAUGACCACACAUUUUAUUUUCCCAUUUCCUCCGAGUCGCAAGAUGCCGUGCCCGACAAUGAUCACACAUCUUAUUUGCCCGUUUCAUCCGAGUCACGAUACACCGUGCCCAACAAUCACACAUCGUAUUUUCCCCUUAUCUCAGAGUCGCAAUGCACCGUGCCCGACAAUUACCACAUGUCUUAUUUUCCCCUUUCCUCCGAGUCGCAAUACGCCGUGCCUGACCCAGAUAACCCAGAACCUGAAAUGUUCACACAUAAUCCCUCGUCGUAUAGUAGCUCAUCUCAGUGGCAGGAUCUUUCGUCUGCCGGUGGCUAUGCAACGGCAGACGCUGUGGGCAUGAAACAACAUUGGAGGAGUACAAGCAGCAUUGGAGGCUCAGCCAUCGUCCUGAGUGCCGAGAUGCAUGGAUCCAAUGCCGCUGGCAAGAUUGCGACUAUCACAGGCGGGGUGAUCACUCAAUCCGUGUCAUGCUGCGCAGCUGCAUGUGGCGGCACGUACAUGAGGUGCAUUUGGGACAUCGGAGGAGAUUUUAGACAACUACCGCUACCCUCACCAGCUUGUGUUACAUCUGAUGUCGUCAACUCUCCCGGUAGAAACCCUACCGAUUUGGGUGGCCAUGUUUUUAUAUCGCGAGAACACACACUCCGUCCCUUUGCAUACAUGGUAUCGAAUCCAAUCUUUCCACAGUCCCGCGUCAACAUCCAUGUCUGUCGAAGCAACCUACAUAUGUUGGCCCAGUCGCUGUUCCCUUCACAGGCUGCCAUCACGUCGGUCACCACAAUCGUAGUCACUGACGUCGUGACAACUACGAUUGCAAUCACUCCGACGUCUACGACUACCGUCAUCGAGACUGUGACCGCAACCACCACUGCCACCACCAUUAGUACGCCAUGGGGCAGUCGCAUAGCAUGGGCAGCUCCUCCAGACAUGACCGACUUAUCUGCGUUUAACGUCACUCACUUCCCAAGUGGCAAGCAGAACGUCGCCAUCAUCGACAGUUUCUCUGCACUCGCCAUUGUCCCAGGAGGAUCUGUGUAUGCCCAGGAUAUAAAUGACUCGCAGGACGUAAUGAACUCGCAGGACAUUACAGACUUUACCGCCGCCUUACAGCUUGUCUACCCAGCAUACUCUGUGAACCCUUCCAGUAAGUUCCCAGGUGGAGCGGAGUUUAACCCAACACAGUUGAACCUGAGCGAUGCCCAGAAUGUCACGAUGGAAUAUAGCGUCUUCUUUCCCGCGGAUUUCGACUGGGUGAAGGGCGGAAAACUGCCUGGCCUGUACGGGGGUCACACAGGCUGUUCUGGGGGCGCUGCUGCCGAAGACUGCUUUAGCACACGACUAAUGUGGAGGCAAGGCGGCGCCGGCGAACUAUAUCUGUACGCUCCAAAGAGCAAGCAAACAAAGGUAUUAUGCUCUGAUCCCCAGGUCAGUCUGCGAUUUAGAAUAUGGACUUUCAAUCGGAAGGGGAUCGUUCCACUACAGCAGAGGAAAUAG